GUGUAGAGGCCUCGCGUCGCGCGACCACCAACACGGGUAUUGACAUCCUCCCUAGCGGGUCCCCCACCGCCCGUGCGCUGCACCCGCUGAAGCAACGUGUCAAGACUUUGAGCGGCAGCCUGCCUGGACCGACCAGGGGUAGGGGUAGUGUAGGGGUAGCUCUUAGAGUGGGGACAUCUCCAGAAGAGAGAGAAUUUGUGGUGGGUGAGUGAAGGGAAAGUUGAAGAAGGGGGGUGGGUUACCGUCUUAGUUAUGACUUCAUUUUUCUGUCGAUACUGGGCUGCGUAACAUGGAGGGUACCUCGGCCCUCAUUUAGCUGCCUACCCCACCCCAACAUCCCUCCCACAGCGCUAUGACUAUUACUUGAGAGACUCCUGAGUAAGAGAGGUGGUGGCUGAGAAGGUGGUGUACACAACACACAGGGCGAUUGUCCCUGGUCAGAGAGCGUUCUCACGGCAGUCCGGCUUGUGGAGUGAAGCUACCAGGACAAACCAGGUCCCCGCGAGAGUCAUCGGCAGUAUGGGGUUUCCUGUAGGACUGGUUUGACACGCCUCGAGAGGGUGAAGUGGACUGUGUGAGGGGCGGCUGGUGGCUGGCCGAUAGGCCGGGAGAGGAAAUAAUGGGAAGUGGUUCUAGUUCUAUCAUCUCAUAAUGGGAAGGCGCUUGGAGGGUCUUGUACUCGCCGUCGACCGCGCGGACCACCGCAGUCUGCUCCUUCCCUGACGCACGCCGACGUCCCAGGGAUCGUGCGUGUCAUUCACGCUGCAGCAAGACGACUUGCCGCAAUCUCCGCCUGCUGCCUCGCGUCCGUUGUCAUCGUGGAAACAAAACAAAACCAAGCCGUCUGACGCGAAAGGGUUUUCGCUGACGCUGGAAUUAUAAGCUGUCAAGGUGUUUAUUUAUUUAUUCUUUGUUUUACUUUCUUGUCUUUAAUUGCUGUCAUGGUGGAAUCAAACUGUACGUCGCAGGAAAAGUGCUGCUACUGAGUGAUCCGCUGAGACCAGCUUGACUCCAGCCGGAAAGAAAUACAGGGUCCCAAGACUGAGCGUUUGUUUUUGGUGGGAGCAUCUUCAAAGGAGGAUGGAGGAGAACAAGAACUAAACAGAUCAGACAGCCUUCAGAAGCAGACGAUAAGAGGCUGCUGAAAGUUCGGCCAGUCCAUCAGUCAGCUGUGAAACGAUCGCCAUGAUCCACCCGAUUGCGACCCACCCACCCCAUCACGGAGCGGUGCCCGCCGGAAUUGCAGGGCUGUACUCCAUAUCUCCCGCCGCCCUGGCUGCCAGCAGCCAUCAGCAUUCUCUGCACGGCCAUCUUGGACAUAUCCUGCAAACGGCCGGAAUGAACCAUGCCACCGUUUCGUCGCCUUCCGCCACGCAGACUCCGGCUUCUUCGCCCACAUCGGCGUCCUCAUCCUUUCUCAUCGAUGACAUUUUAGGCAAAUCCAAUCGCUGUGUUUCGGGUGCCGCGCCAACGGGUAACAGUCCACCACCCGGGGUAGCAGUGACUCAGUCCGCAGCGUCCUCUGGUGCCCUAGCCCGUCCAACGCCUGUCCACGCGACUGCAUCGGCCUCUGCUGUCGCAGCUGCAGCUGCCGCCGCUGCUGCAGCAGCAGCUGUUGCUUUACCUGCAGGAGGGGGGAGCAGCGGCAGCGCCGGAACUUUGCCUCCAGCUCUGUUUAAACCUCUGACGUUUUAUGACCCUGGGUUGGUGGGACCUGGAGGGUACCUCGGCCAUCAUUUAGCUGCCUACCCCGGAAGUUUGGUGAACCACUUCUACCCGUUGUCUUUCCACAGACCCGAGUACGCACUGCUGGAGCGACAUGCGGCGCUGGGAAAAGUUGGACACAAGCCGUUUAUAUGGCCACCAUUUCUUCAGCGACCACUUCAGAAGAGGAAAGGGGGUCAGGUUCGAUUCUCUAACGAUCAGACCAUGGAACUGGAGAAAAAAUUUGAUGCACAAAAGUACCUGUCACCACCAGAACGCAAGAAACUGGCCAAACUGCUGCAGCUUACAGAGCGUCAGGUAAAGACGUGGUUUCAGAACAGAAGGGCAAAAUGGAGGCGAUUAAAACAGGAAUCCCCGCCAGGAGAAGGAUCGGAAAAAGAAGAUGGCGAUGGCAAAGAUAAGUCUAUGAUGUCAUUAGAUUCCCCACCGGAAAUGGAAAGCGACCAGGAGGACCUGCGUCACACACCCAGCCCAGUUGAUGACGUCAUUGCAGACACGGAUGACGAAAUAGACAUUGAAAGCGAGACGGGAAGGACUUGAACAACUGGACUCGAAUACUGCAGACAGAUUUUUCUGUGUGCACGAAAUUUUGCAUAUUUGUUUUUGGAGUCAGUUUUUCUUCUGUUAACUCACAUUUCAUCAGUGAAAAACAGCGCCGUGUGUUGAGACUCUUUCAUGGUGUUCACCAGAAUGUCAGAAAAAAGACUGCUACAUCUCGUGAACACAAUGGGGUCAUCUAACGGCAACGACGAUUAAAAACUGCUUCUUGGACUAGAAGUGUUGACCCAUAAAAUGUCAAGACUGGAACUUAGACGACGCUCCAUCAAAUUUCGUUCACAUUAAAUGUUAAAGAGUUGGUAUGGGUGUAGGUUUGUCGGGAAAAAACAUUACUUUAUUAUAAAAGUGACUUGAUCAUAAUCUAAAUGGAGUUGACAUCAAACUGAAUCAGAUGAAGGAAUCUAUGUUGUUCACUCAGAACUCGGCACCGGUGUUAAACAUGUGGAAGAAAAAAAAAAAAAAUAACCACAACCGCAGACAGUCCUCAAGGGCUGCUUCAAAUGGACUGAUGUGAACAAGGAGAUAGGAGAGACGACAAGAGCUCUUGCAGCUAUGAACUAUGGUUUGUUUUGGUUCUUUUGAGUACGACUGCAGCUCGGGCUUGAGUGCUGCUGCAACACGAAAAAUCAGUUAUGUGGCGGUCGCCACGCGCCGCAAAGUGUCUCGUUCCCGGCAGUCCCUUCCAGUAGAGACCCCUCCAUACUAGCACCACGUAAACGGUGUCCCUUCUCAUGCUGGACAGAUGUGGAAGUGAUGCAGUACAUGGACGAUGCAUUGCUGUCAAAGACCGUCACAGUUUCUCUCACUGCGCUGUGAUGCUGUAUCAUUGCAGAUGACUGAACACGUUGUGGCAAUGCUCGCAAUUUUAACUUUGUGAUCUCGAGAAGAUUUGAGCUAUUGACUGCUCGGGUUGACGAGUGACUAGCCACCACAAAACCCACGAAUGUGGCAUUCCUCCACUAAAAAGUUUUACGGUCCUCAUCGACGUCAUUUCCAAGUUGGAGAAAGAAUUAUUUUCUGCAAAAUUUUCUGGGAAAUUUGCUCUAGCCCUCACAACGGGUCAAAUCCUCAAUUGCCAUGCUGUCCGCUCUGAAGUAGUACGAAAAUAAUGAACAAGGACAAGGGGAAAGAGUUGCAGUGGCCAAGACACGUCUGCAAAAAGACGGCCUUCUGGCUGAAAAACAAACAAACAAAAUCCUCCAGAGGCACUGUACAUUUCGCUUGCAUCUCGUGCUAGCGUUUGCCAUAUUCAAGUCCAGGGAAUGAUUCCGUCCAAAAAUGGACAUGGUCAAAGAGCAGCCGAAUAUAAUAUGUGCAUGAGAAGCUAAGUUUGCUUGACAUGCUGCCAAGAACUGACAACAACAGAGCGCCAUCUAUUGCUGAAAAUCAGUCACAGGACGGAUGCGAUUUUUGUGCAGAUCCUUCUUGUAUCGUGUGGAGGCUUUGUUUGCCUUGGGCAGCAUUUAAUUGCAGCUUUGGACACUCAGACUUUAUGUAUAUGUAGUUUACUGUUUGACAAUGUUUAUUUGCACUUUCCUCUCCAACACAUUUAGUUGCAAAUUUUUUAUCAGGCAAUGUUUAUGUGUAAUUCUUUCACCGAACCUCUUUCCUCCUAUUUUUCCUCUUAAGUAAAAAGAAAGAACAAUUUGCAAGUGACGUGGCACAGUUUGGACUCAAUCAUGGACCAUUUUUUUAAGAAGGAAAUAUAUUGAAGCUUUUUUAAUGACGUAAUACCAAGUACUAGAAGAGAAAACUAGAAACAUAUUGUAUGUGUUCAGCUACUGCCAACUACAAACACUGGGGAAAAAAAUGAGCAAAGUGUUUCAGGAGAUGCGCGCCUCCGACACGAGAAAUUACAGUACAGCCAUUGAUAACUUUUUUCCCAUGUUGUUAGGCUUCUUUUUAUUUGCUUGCACUAAGAGGAACUCAGAUAACUCAUGAAAACAUUUUAUCCGCACAGUAGCUGGUGGUGGUUUUAUGUAGAAAGCACACAUUUCUUUAAUGUAUCGUUCUCUCAAAAAUUCUUGUUCUCCUAAACUGUAAGGCAGACUUUUUUCACCCAAGACACUAGUACAAAUACUAACUCAAAAUGAGCAUAUCAUUCAUAAAGGCGGAGCCCCUUAACAUAUCAACAAAUAACAAGAAACACAAGAGCACAUCAUGAAAGUGUAGGAGAAAGAGUUUGCAGUCAAGACGAGGAGAAAAACUUUAGCUUAAACAGUUGGCUUAAGUUCUGCUUUGCCUGAAAGGCUUCACUAGCAAUUAUUGCAAUGCCAAAAUUGUAUCACCCCAACGCUAGAAGUCACAGUUAGCUAGAUAAUAUCAAAGACUGUUCAACAGCAAAUGAACAGUAUCGCAGAAUGAUCCCAGAAUUGUGCAUAAUUUUACCGGUUGAUAACAAGUCACUUGCGUAAAAUAAAUAAAAAUAGCUAUAUUAGCCCUGGUCAUAUUAAGCACUACUAAAAGAAGUAAAAAAAAAAAAUCACUGGAGCAUCCUGACAGGGGAGGUCAGAGCUGAAGCCAGCGUAAGGAAAAAUAUUCGCAAAAAUAAACCGAAGGCCGUAAAAAUAGAACACUUAUUGCUAUACACAUACAUUUAACACCACUGGACAUCCCAAAACAGUAUUGCACACCACCAUCCCCCAGCCGCACCCACGCACAAGGAUGCAUGCAAUCACUCAGCCGGUACUUGAAAUUGAGUGAGAGAAAGCAAGACGAACAAUGGGUGUUCCUGCAGACGCCCUUCACACGUUCCGUCAACAGUAACCCACGCUUAGCGGUCUCCUGACGUGCACGUUUAGCACAACACAUCAUCAUUUUUGCACCCCGGGUGUGUGUACAGAAAACGCACUAACAGGUAAUUGUCCAUACAACCAUCUCCACGUGCGCCUCCGCGCUCUCAUUUGCUGUGCCACGUGAUCAACGACAGGUAGCGCCGCCUUGCAGCAAGCGUCCUUUACUUUGGCGAAAUAAUUAAAUCUUGUAAUCCUCCUUUAAAAUUUAAGCAGUUCCUUACAGAAUUUAAACAGGAAACGUUAGAAUUAUGCCGAGUUUUGUUGAAAGUAAACAUAAUUAAGAACCGACAUUUAAUUGGAAAUCAACAAAUCAGUUCAUGCCGAAAGGGCCUGACUGAGACACUUCUGACAGUUGGUCAACGAUUAAUUGAUCGGUCUUGGUCGUGAGCAAGGAUCGGACUUGGGGAAAUACAAAGAUGUCAAUGCUGGAUGUUUGCUUUGGGCCAACCCGCUUUCCGCUGCAUGCCAGCUCUCUGUAUUUUGAAAUGUAUUUUUUGAUAGAGCGAUGGAUUUGACUGGCACAUGUUAUAAGUGCGGUUCAAUGCCAUUAUCUUUAUCUUACCACGACUAAUUAUCUCACACCGUGAAUUCAUUAAGCGAAAACCUCGAAUUGUGUAUAAAGUGUAUGGAAAGAGUAGUUCUCCUGUUUACCUCCCUCCCUUCCAGUAAAAAUCUAAAAAUACACCAAUAGUAUCAGAUGACUAUGUAGAUGUCUAUCUUAUGUUUCCUUUAGAUGGGAAAUGCAGACAAAGUGGAACAACUAGUAUGCAUUUGCUAACGAGCAAUAUUUAUCAUUGUACACGUUCUGAAAAUAACUGCAGCAAAGAAUAAUUUGUAUAUGAUUGGGCAAGUUACUUUGCUAUGAAUAAAAUCACAUUCUAUGUA